CCUGUUUGGCAGUUCCUGCAGAGGCGGAAGUGACAUUGUAUGUUUUCGCACCAACCUUGAAUUUGCAGCUCUGAGUAGAAUCGCAACGCUUGGUGUUACUUUUCAAGCAAAGUUAACAUAAUGGACACGACACCGAAAGCACAAAAAACACUGUCUGUGUUCCACACUCCGACCAAUGAUGUCGAUGCUAACGUUAGUCCACAACCAUCUUCUGACAUAAGGACUAUGAGCUCUUCCCUGAGGCAGAAACUGAAGAGAAGCCGUCGCUCUUUCACAUCACCUCUUGCAGUGGCUAAAAGACUCAAUGUGGACGAAGAGGACGACUCUCCUGCAUCCCCAAAAACAGACGGCACUACACAGCUAAAACUGGUGAAAGGACAGAAGGAAAUGGACUUGAACCACAAUGAAAAAUUGUCUUGCGAACGGCCAAUCAAGCAAACUCCAGGGCCGCAUGCGGAUUCUACACAAUUCCCUCAGACAGACAUUCUUCAGCUGCGAGACACUCUGAGGCGGGAGGUGAAAGAGAAGGCAGAGACACUGCGGAGGCUCCAGAUGGUCAAAAUGUACCGGAAAAAGAAUGAUCUGUCACAGCUGCGUACACUGAUCGUGAAGUGGCGUCACUGUGCGCAGGCGGCCCUGUAUGAGCUGCAGACAGCCCUGCCUACGGACGGUCGCAAAGCCAGCCUUGGCCAGCUCAUGGACCAAUUCGGCCUGGAGGUCCGCCUGCUGCACUAUGACCGCACAGAGGAUGAUUUCAGAGAAAUCUGAACAGAACAAAAAAAAAAAAAAAAAGACAUUUCAAAGUGCACAAGUACUGAAAAUAAAUGCCCUCACACACUUUUUAGGAUAUGUGAAAUAUUUAUAUGAAUAAACUUAGUCAUAUAAAAAUCA